GCAGGGCAGCUAGCAGCUAGCAGCUAGCACCUCGGGGCGUCUGGUGCCGGAGCAGCGCUUCUCCGCGGUGUUAUGUGCGGACGCCGCCGUCGCUGAGCCUCGGAUUCUCUGCUCGUCUCCUCGGUGAACGGAGCCGCCAUGGAGUGCCGCGUCCUGUCCAUACAGAGCCAUGUAGUCCGAGGAUAUGUGGGCAACAAGAGCGCCUCCUUCCCGUUACAGGUUUUAGGCUUCGAGGUGGAUUCAAUCAACUCAGUCCAGUUCUCCAACCACACAGGUUACUCCCACUGGAAAGGCCAGGUGUUGACAGCAGACGAGCUCCACGUUCUUUAUGAGGGAAUCAAGCUGAACAACGUCCAUCACUACGACUACGUUUUAACAGGGUACACCAGAGACACGUCCUUCUUGGAGAUGGUGGUGGACAUUGUUCAGGAACUGAAGAGAGCGAACCCCAACCUGGUGUAUGUGUGUGACCCUGUCCUCGGCGAUCACGGAUCAAUGUAUGUUCCCCAGAAUCUCUAUCCAGUCUAUAAGAACAAAGUGGUUCCAGUUGCUGACAUCAUCACUCCAAACCAGUUUGAGGCCGAGCUGCUGACGGGGAAGAACAUCAGCACAGAGAAGGACGCGGUAGAGGUUAUGGACCUUCUCCACGCCAUGGGCCCAGACACGGUGGUCAUCACGUCCUCUGAUCUGCCAUCCAGACUGGGAGACCGCUUCCUGGUGUCGCUGGGCAGCCAGCGUCACGUUCGUCCGGAUGGCAGCAGGACGACGCAGAGAGUUCGAAUUGAAGUCCCCAAAGUGGACGCCGUCUUCGUGGGAACCGGAGAUUUGUUUGCUGCAAUGCUGCUAGCGUGGACACAUCACUACCCCAACGACCUGAAGACGGCCUGCGAGAAGACCUUCUCCGUGAUGCAUCACGUCAUCCAGAGGACCAUUUCUUAUGCUCACGAUCUGGCCGGUCCUGGUCGGAGGCCCAGCCCCCCCCAGCUGGAGCUGCGGAUGGUUCAGAGUAAAGCGGACAUCGAGGAUCCGGCUAUCGUCACUGAGGCCACCGUCAUUCCCUAACGGCCCCAGACUCCUGUUCAGCCCGUAUCGGUAAAUCUGUCUUCACCAAACCGAUGUGGUCCGGCUCUUCCUCCUUCGGUAUUGUAACCUCCUUUAGUGACCCCUGACCCCAUGCUUCUUGACCCCCUGCCAGAGCCAUGGACAGACAGACGUUCAGGAGAUCCAUUCACUGUAGAGAGGGAGAGCGAAAUCCAGAUCACUGAAACACGACUCGAUGUUCACCCGACUGAAACGCCGUUUGUCCGACUGAAACACCAUUCGACCAACUGAAAGUCCGUUUGCCUGCAUGAUAGACCGUUUGUCUGACUGACACACCGUUUGUCCGACUGAUACACUGUUUGCCCGACUGAAACACCGUUCGACCAGCUGAAACACCUUUCGACUGACUGAAACUCCAUUAACCCGAUUGAAACACCAUUUGACAAACUGAAAGACAAUUUGCCCGACUGAAACACCGUUUGACCGACUGAAACACCGUUUGACCGACUGAAACACCGUUUGACCGACUGAAACACUGUUUGACCGACUGAAACACCGUUUGACCGACUGAAACACCGUUUGACCGACUGAAACACCGUUUGACCGACUGAAACACUGUUUGACCAGCUGAAACACCAUUCGACCGGUUGAAACACCGAUUGAUUGGCUGAAACACCAUUCACUGUCGUCACCAUAGGCAACAUGCUGCUGUUGGCAGCAGCAGGAUUUCUUUUUCUCUCUUCCAGUUUCUUUCUGACUCGCUGAACAAACCCUGUUUCUCUGGCUCUGCUCACCGCCAGUCCAACACCCCCCCGCCCCACUCCCCCCCUACCCACUACCUCCCACUACCUCCCACUACCCUCCACUACCCUCCACUACCCCACCCCCACCCCCACCCCCAUCCCCAUCCACAGCAGUGAUGUUUUGGUGACCCCAUGUAACCCCCCUCCCUGACCCCCCCGUCCCAGAGGCCUCCUGAUGAUACAUCAAAGGAACAAAAAAAAAAAAAACGCACAAUGUAUAGUCGAUGUAUAGAUGUUGUACUAUAAGUGUAUCGAUCUGAUCGGAUUUGAUCGGACCUGUCUGUUGGGCCAUUGUGUUGGUGCUCCUGUGCUACACACCACACACACUCCAGUACACACCACACACUGAUACACACCACACACACUUCAUAUCACGCCACCCACAGUGCAUAUCAUGCCACAUAUACUUUAUAUCACACACCACACACACUUCAAUACACACCACACACUUCAUAUCACACACUCCCUGUCAGCCUGAGCAGGCCGGCCAGCUGGUCGUUUCUCUCGUCUGCUUCCAGAAUGAUUGGCAUUCUGUAUCUUUGAAGCAGAUCUCAUCUUAAAGGUUCCAGAUUCUGCAGGUUUUAAACUUUUUCAAAGGUUCCUCGGUCCCACACAGUGUUUCCCCAAAUCAGCUGUCAGUUCACAGUGACGCAGAGCUCCGCCUCCAGAGGGAGGGGUUAUCUCCAGCGGGAGGGGUCAU